AUGUCGCCUCCGCCGGGCGACGCGGGCCCCGGGCCGCCGCGGACGCUGUCCCCGGCCGCACGGCUGAGCUUCGCGGUCGGCCACUUCCUCAACGACCUGUGCGCCGGCAUGUGGUUCACCUACCUGCUGCUCUUCCUGCACUCGGUGCGCGGCUACAGCUCGCGGGGCGCGGGGCUGCUCCUGCUGCUCGGGCAGGCGGCCGACGGGCUCUGCACGCCGCUCGUGGGCUACGAGGCCGACCGCGCCGCCUGCGCGCGCUACGGGCCCCGCAAGGCCUGGCAUCUAGCGGGCACCGUCUGUGUCCUGCUGUCUUUUCCGUUCAUCUUCAGCCCCUGCUUGGGCUGUGGGGAAGCCACGCCCGAGUGGGCCGCCCUGCUCUAUUACGGACCCUUCAUCGUCAUCUUCCAGUUUGGGUGGGCUGCCACCCAGAUUGCCCACCUCAGUCUCAUCCCAGAGCUGGUGACCAGUGACCACGAGAAAGUGGAGCUCACAGCCCUCAGGUAUGCAUUCACCGUGGUGGCCAACAUCACAGUGUACGGCGCCGCCUGGCUGCUGCUGCACCUGCAGGGCUCCUCACACGCAGGCCAGGACGUCAGUGUGGGUGACCAGCUGGGAGUCCAGGAUGUGCCUGUGUUUCGGAACCUGGCGCUGCUGGUGGUGGGUGUGGGAGCCAUCUUCUCACUGCUCUUCCACUUGGGUACCAAGGAGGGGUGCCGGCCCCGGCCACAGGAGCCGGAACCUGAUGAGCACAGCCCCCUGGUGGCUCCUGCGGCCCGGCCACUGCUGCUUUGGAAACACUGGCUUCUGGAACCAGCUUUCUAUCAGGUGGGCAUGCUGUACAUGACCACGAGGCUCAUCGUGAACCUGUCUCAGACCUACAUUGCUAUGUACCUGACCUAUUCUCUCAGCCUGCCCAAGAAGUUCAUUGCCACCAUCCCCCUGGUGAUGUACUUGAGUGGCUUCUUCUCCUCCUUCCUCAUGAAGCCGGUCAACAGGCGCAUAGGGAGGAAUAUGACCUACUUCUCGGGGCUGCUGGUGAUCCUGGCCUUCGCAGCUUGGGUGGUCCUGGUAGAUAAGAUGGGUGUGGCCGUGUACGGGGCUGCUGCGCUGCUGGGUGCAGGCUGCGCCACCAUCCUUGUCACCUCCCUGGCCAUGACAGCUGACCUCAUUGGCCCACACACGCACAGUGGAGCCUUCGUGUACGGUGCCAUGAGCUUUUCGGAUAAGGUGGCCAACGGGCUGGCAGUCAUGGCUGUGCAGAGCCUGCAUCCCUGCCCCUCCGAGCUGUGCUGUGGGGCCUGUGUCGGCUUCUACCACUGGGUGAUGGCGGCUGUGACGGGCGGCGUGGGUGUGGCCGCGGUCCUGGCUCUCUGCAGCCUCCUCAUCUGGCCCAUCCGCAUUCGCGCCUGGGACCCCGGAGACCGGCCCUGACUUCUGGUUCCCCAGGGCAACUUGAUGAAGGACCAGGCAGACACCCUGCCCUCCCUCCACCUGCUCGGGGUCUGGGGGCACACGCGCCUGCGGGGAGGCUGCGUGCAUGGGACGGGUCGCUC